AUGCGCACUUUUAACCUGAUCAUCUUUGGUCACAUCCAUGCCUAUGACAUGCAUUUUAUGUGCAAACUGUGCCUUAGAGGCCAACUGCUGUGCGCCGGCACUGGACUCGGACACGACGGUCGCGUAGACUCGAAACCCGCGUUCAUUGAGACGCAGCGCCAGGUGGUGGCCGAGGCCUGUGUCACAGCCUAUAAAAGUGUGUACUGUACGGUGUUUGACAGCGAAACAUCCGCUGCAAUGAGUUGUAAUGACUACGCGAUUGCUUGGAUUGAUUUGGGGGUAAAGUAUCGGUCAUUGUUUGCCAGAAAUGAGAGAAUAGUGUUGAAUGGGUUGAGUGGGGGCUCAGAGUUGGGCGCAAUGACAGCAGUGAUGGGUCCGUCCGGUGCGGGACUCACAUCACUGCUGAUGUGUUUCGCAGGUGUAAUGUCAGGGCCACUGAUGACCAGUAGUGGUGAUAGUAGUGGUGAUCGCGAGUCAGCAAUACGUGUGAGUCGUGACCGCAAAAUACGGACCGCUUUUAUCGGCCUCAACGAAAAGGAUUUCCUGAUUAUGGGUUUGACUGCAAAGCAAAACAUGAUUUACGCCUCGAAACUAAAGAACUCAUCAGAAGAGCACUUCUCACACGAGAAGAAUGUGUCGGCGAUUAUGUCUUCACUGAUGAUUGCGGACACAAUCGACACAAAGACCGGUCGAUGCAGUGGUGGAGAACUGAAACGACUGGCCAUUGCUGUCGAGUUGACAGCACUUCACAAACCAAACCUCAUAUUAUGUGACGAACCGACCACUGGUUUGGACAACAAUAUCGCAGAAAUGGUGAUGCAAUCACUGAAGAGUUUGUGUCAAAAGCACAACAUCUCAAUCAUUGCGUCCAUACAUCAGCCCAACACAGAUAUACUGCAAAUGUGUGACAAACUCUAUGUGUUGGCCAAAGGGGGUGAGUGUGUGUAUUGGGGCCCUCCCUCUGCCCUCAGCCCACACUUACACACAUGUGGUAUAGUAUUGAACGAAAAUCAAGUGCCGAUCGAAACGUUGAUUACAAUCGCAUCCAAAGGUCUGAGCGAUCAAAAUGUGCGGCAAUUGAGAGACCAAACGACCCGUCAAUUCAAUCAUGAAUUUAGAGAUAUUAUUGUCGACAAAACGAAACCAAAACUUAUUAAACAUAACAAAUCGCAUCCAAAGGUCUGGACGAUGAAAAUAUGUCUGGAUUUUAGCCAAAAGAUCUUUGAGCGAAAUAUUUCGCUACAAAUGGAAAGGACUGGCAAUCAGUUCACUAAUCAUGAUAUUUACGGCUUUAUUGGGCUAAAUGUCGGUCAAUUUAACGAUUGUGUUGUAAUCGACAGCAGAGAAGAAGCAAAAAAUCAUACCUCAUGUCUGGAUCAGCUCGACUCAGAUAAUAAAGCUUACGAUAAUACUGGUAUAGCAGUGGUUCCACAAUUGGAUGAUAUAAUAGCCUCUAAAGCAUUGAGUAUCGCAUGGAUUGACUUAACACUAAAAGUGGACAAAACAUUAAAUUCAUCGGAAAAAGUCAUUUUACGGACAAUUAAAGGGUUCGUAGAGUUCGGGUCUUUGACGGCACUCAUGGGUCCGUCCGGUGCGGGAAAGACAUCACUAUUGCGGGCAUUGAAUGGCAUGAAUAAGACAUUAAUUACCAAACAAUCGGAGAUUUAUUUGAAUGGGAAAAUGAAAAUCACGGCCUGUUUUAUAGCUCAGGAUCAAAGGGAACACAUUAUGGCCGGAAUGACUACAAGACAGACCAUUAUCUAUGCCUCAAAACUAAAAAAUUGUGACACCAAUAGUAAUGUCGAUCACGAGUCUAUUGCCGACAAAUUGAUGUCUGAGUUGUGUUUAAAUGAUAUUUCAGCCAUAAAUGUGGAGAAUUGCAGUUCUGGUCAACAAAAGCGGAUAGUAAUAGCGAUGGAAAUGACGGCUGAAAUCAAACCAAACCUCAUAUGUGUUGACGAACCGACUUCUGGUGUCGACAGCUAUUCAGCAAUUUUGAUGAUAAAAUGCUUCAAACGUUUGUCCCGUAAACACAAUAUAUCAAUGAUUGCAUCCAUACAUCAGCCAAACCUCGAAAUCCUAAUGUUAUUCGAUAUGUUGUAUAUAUUGGCCAAAGGAGGGGUUGCGGUAUACUCGGGUCCGCCCCGGGGUUUGCGCUCACAUUUAGAUCAAUGCAAUAUUCAAUGCAAUGAAAACCAAAUAUCAAUUGAAGUACUCAUUAAACUGUCGGCCAACGGAUUCAGUGAUGAGAAA